CCUCGGCUAACAUUGUUGUCCUCUGCAUCUCAUGUCUACAUCUCUUCCACGUUUAUCUCCAUCGUCUCAAUCUCCCAGAUUCAUCUCUUUCCAUUUAACCUGGUUCAUCUCCAUCUCCCACCCACGUUCAUCCAUCUCCCACCCACGUACAUCUCCAUCUCUUCUCUCCCUCAAGCAACCACCCCUUUCCUCCUCCUCCUCCUCAACCGCACCCACGACCACAACGCCUCUCCUCGAUUCCAAGCUCGGCGGUGGCGGAGGAGGCGCGAGGAUUCCCGUCAGGCUGUUGGGAGCCGUGAUGUUCGGGGUCAACUCGGCGAUCGGGUACAUGCUGAUGCUUGCCGUCAAGUCGUUCAACGGCGGCGUGUUUGUCGCCGUUGUGGCGGGGCUGUCGGCCGGGUACUUGGUGUUUAGGAGCUAUGAUCAGGAUGUGCUUGAAAAAGGGGAAAUCGAAAUUGAAGUUUCUAAUCAUUUCCGAUUUGGAUCUAAUAAACGUUGCUGUAUUUGAUGUAUCUGGAUAUGCUUCUAUCGAAGGAAGACAUUGCAAGCCAUUUAAUCCAUUAUUGGGGGAGACAUAUGAGGCUGAAUACAGGGCCGCCUCGUAAAUUUUGAAGGCCAAAAGCGAACUUCUUGAAUGAGGCCACCCUAUACUUUUAAUAAAAAAGGGGUCUACUAAGAGUCAAAAAAAAAAAAAAAAAACCAAUACAAAAAAUUUAUCAUACCUCAAAAUCCAUCAUUUGGAAAUUAUUUUUCUCGCACUUGUUGCUGCAAACGCCUUGAUUAAGUCUCCAUAGUCAAGCUUCUUCUCC